AUGAAGAAGUCCCGCACGUUGUUCCAGUAUUACAUGCUACAAAUGGAGAGGUGGUUGUUAACACUGGAGAAGAUAAUGGUGGAGCAAUGGAGGGCUGAGACAGCUGAUCCCGUUGUUGUCUAUAACCGGUAUGAGAGUCUGGCGGCCUUAGAGCUAACGUCAGAGGGGAGCGACCAAAAGGAUAGUUCAGAGUUAGAGACUCCAUCAGCUCAGAUCCCCUCCACCGACGAUUUGGUUCUUAUUUCUUCAGAUCACUCUGCUGCGGCUUCGGUUGAGAUGGAUGCACAGACGUUGGUCGCUGAUACUCAGACGUUGGUCGGUGAUCGAGCUGUAGAGCUAGGAGUUAAAAAUCAUCCCCCGAAGGAUCGAGACAAACCUUUUUUCCUGGUUAAAAAACAUGAACAGUGGCCCCAAGGUCACAACACACCACUAAAAUCAGUAGUUAUGUGUUUUUUUUUUGCGUGGAAUAUUCGUGGACUGAAUAGUGAUAGACGCCACACCAUGACCAAAGAUUGGAUUAAUAUCCAUAGACCACUUUUUGGAGCUUUUUUGGAGACUCCUAUUUUGGAGAGUAAUAAAGAGAGAAUUUUGAGAACUGUUCCGAGGGGAUGGAACUAUUAUGGGAAUUUUGAAGAAAACGAUUAUGGUCGUAUUGUUAUUGUUUGGGACCCGAGGGUUACUUUGGAUGUCUACACUGCAACAGCUCAAUCAGUCACUUGUGGAGUCACCAUUUUGUCGGAAAAUAUCACUUUAACUGUCACCUUCGUCUACGGGUUCAACUUGGUCGAGGAGCGUACAAGUCUCUGGGUGAGUUUGGCUGAGUUACAGGCUUCUACUCCAGUAUCAGAUCAUCCCUGGUGUGUCUUAGGAGAUUUUAACCAGAUGCUGCGGUCCUCUCAUCAUUCAAAUCAUCUAUCUGCACGCACCGACGAUUCUGGUAUGGAUGAAGCAAAUCUUGGUCUACAAGAUGCUCAAUUGUUCGAAGCUCAAGCUAAAGGACUCUCCUUUACUUGGAGGAACUAUUUUCUUGACCCCUCCCAGUCUGAUCAUGCUCUGUGUCUGUUCCGGAUGCCGGCUCAUAAGCGCCAGGUUGUUAAACCAUUUAAAUUCUUUCAUCAUGUUAUAGAUCAUCCAGAAUAUGCAGAAACGGUAGGUGAAGCUUGGAACUGUGGGCUGAUACCGGGAACUGUUCAGUUUAAGUUGGUUCGAUCGCUAAAGAUGUUAAAGAAACCGCUGCGCAGACUCAACAAACGACACUUUAGUGGUAUUUUCCAACGGGUCAAGGCUCAGAAGGAAAUUGUCGAUGACCUGCAAAAGCGUUUGCUUACCUCGCCGGACGUGUCUACUGCUCGUGCUGAGCACUUGGAACGUGACAAGCUGAACUGUUUACUUAAAGCGGAGGAGAAAUAUUAUAGACAGAGAUCAAGGGUGAGAUGUGCUGAUGUUGGAGACCGUUACACGCCAUUUUAUCAUAGAGUAGUCGCUCAUCAUGCCUCGAAGAACCACAUUCAUUUCCUGAAAGACAGCAACGACAACUUGCUGUAUGCGGUGGAGGAUAUUAAAGCGCAUGCUGCUGAUUAUUUCCAAGGCAUUCUUGGCUCUAUGGAUCUUCCUUUCUCUUCAACCACUACCGAGGAACUAAGGAACCUGCUCCCCUUUCGCUGUUCCGAUCUACAGCAAAGCUACUUGAGCCGUCCUGUUACUGCUGCUGAGAUAAAGGCAAUUCUAUUUUCCAUGCCGUUAAACAAGAGUCUCGGGCCAGAUGGGUACUCUGUAGAGUUUAUAUGUGCAUCAUGGCACACUGUGGGAGAGGAUUUAACAAAAUCUGUCAGUGAGUUUUUUAGGAAUGGUCGGCUCCUCAAAGACAUGAACACGGCGGCUAUAGCGUUAAUCCCUAAGAAGACUCAAGCUUGUUCAUUAGGUAACUACAGACCCAUUAGUUGCUGCAACAUCGUCUAUAAGCUUAUCUCCAAAAUCAUUGCGAACCAUCUCAAGCCUAUUCUCUCGCAGUGUGUGUUGGAAGCUCAGCAAUUUCCUCCCAUGUUCAUCACUUGGAUUACUGAGUGCAUCUCUUCGCCAAGAUUCUCUAUUGCCAUCAAUCGUGAGCUAGCGGGAUUCUUCGAGGGUAAAAAGGGACUCCGGCAAGGAGACUCAAUCUCUCUCUAUUUGUUCAUAAUACUGAUGGAAGUGCUAUCUCUUUUACUGAAUAAAGCUGAAGCCGAUGGUGAUUUUAGGCUGCACCCGUUGUGUACCUCUCCUAAACUCACCCAUUUGUUAUUUGCUGAUGACCUUUUGGUCUUCUCUGAUGGCUCUCGAGUCUCAACCUCGGGUAUAAAGGCUGUUAUGCGUAAGUUCAAAGACUGGUCAGGUCUUGAUACAAAUGAAGCAAAAUUAGAGAUCUUUUAUGGAGGUUACUCAGAUAUUCAAGUCUCUGUCUUGAGCGACCUGUCGGGUUUCAGGUGUGGUGAGUUCCCAGCUAGAUAUCUAGGACUGCCGUUAAGCCCAAAAAGAAUCUCCGCAGCUACCCUGCAACCAUUUGUUGACCGGAUUACAGCAAAGCUUCACUCUUGGCCAGUCAAAGUUUUGUCAUUCGCUGGGAAAGUCCAGAUGAUUUCUUCAGUCAUUUACAGAAUGGUAAAUUUAUGGAGCUCUGUUUUCGUCCUUCCAAAAUGGUUCUAUGCCAAGGUGGAUUCUCUCUUUUCGGGUUUCCUAUGGAAGAAUAGCACUUCAUCAGCGUCUGGAGCAAGAGUUGCUUGGUCAGAUAUCUGUAAGCCUAAGGCUGAAGGGGGUCUGAGUAUUAGGAAGCUUGAGGAGUUCAAAAUGGUCUUCAGGCUGAAGAGGGUUUGGCUCUUUUUCUCGGCUUCAGGAUCACUAUGGGUUCCUUGGUUACAAAGUAACAGGUUUGGAGGCAGGAGUAUAUGGCUUGUGAAUGAUUCGCAGCGGUUUUCCAAGUCGGUUAGAAGCAUGCUCGGGCUGAGGCAGGAGCUUCAGAGCUAUCUUCGUUGCAACAUUGGCAAUGGACACACUGCUCUGUUUUGGUACGACUAUUGGACCGAACUUGGUCCUCUCUACCGUCUCUUCGGAAGCUCAGGGCCUAGGAUUCUCAGGAUUCCUCUUAAUGCCACUGUCUCACAAGUGGUCUCCAAUGGCCACUGGAACUUGCCUCCUGCACGAUCAGAAUACACGGAGACAUUGCAAGUUAUACUUUCAACAAUGGAUGUUUCUUAUUAUGCGAGAGGUGGUGAUAAAUACUUGUGGAGAAUUCGCUCGGGAGGGUUUGGACCUUCUUUCUCAUCGAGUGUUACUUGGGGGAGACUCAGAAUUCUUAACCCCCUUGUUCCUUGGCAUUCAGUGGUUUUGUUCAAAGAGGAAACUUCCAACUCGGGACAGAUUGAUUUCUUGGGGAUUAUCGCUUCGACCAGGUACUUGGCCUCGCCGCCAACCUCUGGUGCAGCAGUGGUGGAUUAUUGCCGGCAACUUCAAGGUCCAAACGCUGCUCUUGCCGUAGCUGUGUUGAAGCUGUUGAAUCAAGUGAUUAUCUACAACCUGUGUCAUUAA